UCCCAGACGCGAACGCGUUCGAGGUUAUGAAUGCACUUGCCUGCACUGCUGUAGUGCACUGCACGCCCAUGACGUGAAGCGCAUCGCGUUGCGAAUCACGUGUGUCAAAGUAUCAUGAUCGUGCACAUCUGCCUCGUUUGUUGUUAGACAGACUAUAGCCGAGUUUGUUGCUAUUUUUUGUACAGAGAUUUUCUAUUGCAUUAUGAGAGUCGAUCGUUAUUGUUGAUUGUGUGGAAUCUUGCGACUUUUUUACAUUUUAUAUUAAAUAUAGGAGUGCCGGAACGAGAAUAUGGUGGGCCUUUUAAACGAUUCUGACAGCGACGACGAACUGCCGCCCGGCUGGGAGGAACGUGCGAGCGUCGACGGCAACGUUUAUUACGUCAAUCACUUCACGAAAUGCACCCAAUGGACACACCCUCAAACGGGACGCAAGAAGAUUGUCAAGGGUGAAUUGCCCACGGGUUGGGAGAAACGCGUCUCCGACGAUGGAAAAAUUUUGUUCGUCGACCAUGUAAAUAGAACUACGACAUACACGGAUCCAAGACUGGCUUUUGCUCACGAAUACAGAGAAGCGUCGCAACCUGUUAGGCAGCGUUAUGAUGGCUCCAGUACUGCAUUGGCUGUACUAUAUGGCAGAGAUUUGAGAAAUAAAGUGGCUUUAAUUACAGGAGCAAAUACUGGAAUUGGAUUUGAAACAGCUAGAUCUCUUGCAAUUCAUGGAUGCACAGUUGUACUGGCUUGUCGAAAUCAAGAGAAAGCUAAAGCGGCUGUUAAAAAAAUUCAACAAGAAAAAGAUAAUGUAAUUUGUCACAUUUUACAAUUAGAUCUAAACUCUUUACAAAGUGUCAAAGAAGCUGCCACAAAAUUUAAACUAAAAUUUAGAACUCUUGAUAUUCUCAUUUUGAAUGCUGGAGUAUUUGCUCUUCCUUACACAUUAACUCAAGAUGGUUACGAAAUGACAUUUCAAGUAAAUCAUUUGUCUCAAUUUUAUCUUACUUUACUUCUUGAGCAUCCUUUGAGGAGUUGUCAUAAUUCAAGAGUUGUUAUACUCUCCAGUGAAUCACAUAGAUUUUCGCUAAUUCAGUCAGUUGAAGAUCUUCAUCCUAUGACUUUAUCUCCACCAGCUUAUAAAUAUUGGUCAAUGGGAGCUUACAAUGAUUCAAAACUACUGAAUGUACUUUUUGCACAAGAAUUAUCAAAACGGUGGCCUUCAGUCAGCAUAUUUUGUUGUCACCCUGGCAACUUAGUAUCUUCUGAUCUAGCAAGGCAUUCUUGGAUGUACAGAUUAUUAUUUGCCAUUGUGAGGCCUUUUACAAAAUCAUUGCAACAGGCAGCUAGCACAUCUGUUUUCUGUGCUACAGCUCCUGAAUUAGAAGGUGCGACAGGUCUUUAUUUUAAUAAUUGUUAUGCGUGUAAUGUAUCCAACACAGCAUUAGAUCCGCAAUUGUCAUCUCGUUUAUGGGAAGUAAGUCAAGAAAUGAUUUUAGCUGUAAUAAAAAAAGAAAAACUGUGGCAUGACAUUGCUCUUACAUGAUAAAUAUCAUCAAGAAUUAUACUACAAUCCAAUCAUCAAAAUCAAUUACUAUAUCAAGAGUGGAUGAUGAUUAUUUUAGUAUUUGAUUGACGGACCAUCGGUGCUUGUUACAUUUAUCUUUUCAACUGUGAUUAUCUUCUAAUGCAGUUAAUACCUUGGGUCAUUGGAUUAUUUUAUUUUUAAGAUUAGAUUAUUGCUCAAAAGACUAACAAGAUGCAGUUUUAUCUCUUUGUUUCAAUAUGUUGUUAUAGUCUACAUAUCCAUUCUAGUCAAACCUUUUAUUCUAAAUUACAAAUUUCCAUGCAAAAAAUUUUUCCAUAAGUACAGAUUCAAAGGUUUUUUUUUAUCAUAAAUAAAUUUUUUUAAAAGAGGUAA